AUGCACAUGGAGGGCAGAAAAUGGGAGGACAUUGCGUACAACUUCCUCGUGGGCGGCGACGGCAACAUCUACGAGGGUCGUGGCUGGGACGUCCAAGGAGCGCACACCCUCAAUUACAAUAAGAAGAGCAUUGGACUCAGUUUCAUCGGCACCUUCAACACAGUAUCGCCGAGUGAACAGCAACUGGCGGCUGCCAAGAACCUACUCGAGGCGGGAGUGAAGAUGGGAAAAUUGGCGGAUAGUUACAAGCUACUUGGGCACAGACAACUCAGUGAGACCGUCAGCCCGGGAGAUGAACUCUACAAAAUUAUUCAGACGUGGCCACACUGGAACCCACAAUCGCUGACGAUAAUCAGUCGAGACGAAUGGGGCGGACAAACACCAGCAGGUCCAUUGACUCGGCUAUCACAAAGUCCAUUACCAUACGUCAUAAUAAGCCACACGGCCUUUUCCCCGUGCACCACCAAGGACCAAUGUUCCAGCAACGUUCGCGAUAUUCAGAACAUUCACAUCGCGGAGAACAAAUGGGACGACAUUGGCUACAAUUUCCUGGUUGGUGGAGAUGGUAACAUCUACGAAGGUCGUGGAUGGGACAUGACCGGCGCCCACGCAAUCGGCUACAACUCCAGAAGCAUUGGACUCAGUUUCAUCGGAACCUUCAACACUGUCGCCCCGAGUGAUGAGCAGCUCAGAACUGCUCAGCUUUUGCUCGAGUCUGGAGUGAAGGAUGGAAAGUUAACUAGUGAUUACAAGCUACUGGGGCAUAGGCAAGUGCGUGAGACUGCCAGCCCUGGAGACAAACUCUACGAGAUUAUCAAGACUUGGCCACAUUGGAGCGCAAUACCCUGAACUCGUGAUUCAAGGGAGAAUAUGUAAUGUUUGUGACUAGCUUCGUCAGUUCAAUAAACCGGAACCAGGAAAUAUUAUUUAAUCAUCAAUCGGAUCAAUAAUUGAUAAUAUGUUUCUGUUCAUGAUUGACCAACAGUUUAAUGCGUUCAUACUAAUUUUCAUGUACGAAGAAUUUCAUAAAAAAAUAUUGCGAAAUCGUCAGAAAAUUCUAUUGUAUUUGUAUUGAACUUCCUAUUAGCUUUUGACUGAUUCUGUUGAAAAUUUUCACAGUUUAUCUGUGCGUUAUUUCAAUAGAAAUGUUCAAUGGAAAAUAUCCUUUUUAAAAAAAUGUCACGUUUGUUGUCAUUAAUCUAUUCCGCUAUGCUUAACUUGGGAUUAUUUUCAUCCUAAACUUGAAUAUCUUCUUGUAUACAAUGAGAAAAAAUUUUAAAAAUACUAUACAUUUUUUUAUAUGACAAAAAAUGAUAAAAAACAUACUGU